GCGACCGUAAAUUGUAUUAUUUAUUUAUAUUUCUUUGAUUACUAUAGAACAAUCAAAUUGAAAAACAUUCCCUUCAACAAAAAAUAUAGUUUUCUUUCUUUCUUUUCAAAAUUUAAUAAUAAUUAAAGAUUUUUUUCUUCUAAUUUUAUUUUACAUUACAAAAAAUUUAAUCUUUUUUUAAUACAUAUUAGUAUAAUUUUCUAUUAUUUAGUAAAGGUUUGCUUUUGUUACAAUUUCAUAACUUUGUAAAAGUUAUGAAAUUGUGAAUUGAUUAUAAUAAUUGUUAAAAUAAAUUGUAGUGUCAUUUCUUGUGAUUGUAAUUACGGUACUUUUAGUGUUUAAACUAGAACUUUGUGUAUUUAUAUUGUUCUAAAAUACAAACUUUUAUAUUUAUCAAACAUAAUGCAACCUGAACUUUUGACUAAUAUUAAUAUUUAUCGUAAAUCAUUUCCUCACUUUGAGCGACCUAAAAUAAUAGGUUACAUUGGAAUCGAGAAUAUAAAAUUUGCAAAGCAUCUUAACAAUGGAGAAGUUAGAUUUGAUUUGAACCUACAUUUAGAUAAAGCCAAACAUCGUCCGCAGCAUUUAGAUGUGAAGUUAACAGAUUUGUUAAUAUUCUUAAAAGACCAUAAAACUAGGCUUGGGUAUCCAUUGGAAAAUGCUUUAAAUAAAGCAAUUUUUUAUUGUUACCGUGGUCUUAUGACCUGCAUUGCAUGCACACCAUAUGAAAAUAAAGAACCAUGGAAAAUUGUGGUUAUAUUGUAUAAAGGGAACAUUUAUAUGUGUGCUAGAGACACUGAAGAAAGUUACACUAGAAAACAUAACAUGACAGAAAAAGAUAAGCGUUUUACAUCAUGGGGUUAUAAAUUUGAGCAGUUCCUUUUAUCGGAUAAUCCAGACACAGAGCCCAAUCCAAAUGUGCCUGUUGACGAAACUGAAGAGUUCUCCUUGGUAUUCACAACUAAUUUAAAUAACCACACAGUUGUCUAUGGAGCUGAAAUGGAUGGUAUCCGCUGUGAUGAUAGAUCAAUAUCUCCACCCCCUGUAGGUGAAAAUCCAGAAGCAAUUAUCAAAUAUCUAUCAACAAAAGAAUAUGUUGAACUUAAAACUAACAGGCAUAUAGAAUUCCAUAACCAGGAAAUAAAUUUCAGACGCUACAAAACAAAGAAAUGGUGGUGCCAAUCAUUUCUUGUUGGAGUAGAGACCAUACUUUGUGGAUUCAGGAAUGAUGAAGGUAUAGUGGAAGAAUUGAAGACCUAUAAUAUAAGAGAUUUACCAAAAAUGUCUCAGAAAUUUUGGGACCCGAAUGUUUGCUUCAACUUUCUAGAUACUUUUUUCACUUACGUCAAAAGGUGUCUAGCUCGAGAGAUAAGACGAAAGCACGGUGACAAAGGCGUUGAUAAUUUGCAGUCUCUGCCUAUCAUAACUCUUCUUCUGGAAUGGUCUCCAGGUAUGCCAGUACGAAUAGCUGAACACUACAAGUAUGAAGAUGAUCCUAUAUUACCAGAAUGGUUCAUAAACAGCUAAAUUAUAAAUUAUUGUUAUAUUAUGUAAUUGUAAAUAUAUGUAUAUAUAAGCUGUUUUCAAAA